GAGAGAUGGAGAACAGAGCGAAGAAGACUAACUGGAGACUUAAAACUCCUCCUGCUGGUCCUACUGUUGCUCAGCUCUCUGUGUUUUCCAGGAUUGAUCAUCAGGCUUUGCCAAUAAACAACUUCACACAGAGGAUCUGUGAGCACACCAAGCGUGAAGGAUGUAGAACCAGAGAGGGGGCCGGGAUGGAGUGCUCCUGGAAGACGGUGCUGCUGCUGGUAUGUGCAUCUCUGGGGGUCCAGUACACGGCCAUCCGCACCCUGAGGGACUCGCUCUCUGGACCCUGUCAGGGAGCCUAUCGCUGCCAGACCAGACAUCAUAGAGACUCCAGGUGGAGAGCAUUUUGUGAGGACAGUUGGAUGCCGGUCGAGUCGCCCCGGAAGCACAUCCUGCUGUUUGCCACCACACGCAGCGGCUCGUCCUUCACCGGGCAGCUCCUCAACCAGCACCCAGGGAUCUUCUACGUGUUUGAGCCUCUCUACCACGUCCAGCAGGCCUUCACUAACUCCAGCAGCAGGCUGCGUCGCACCCUAGACCGUCGUGCCCUACUGGGAGCAUACAGGGACCUCCUCCUCAAUCUGUACACCUGUGACCUUCACUUCAUGGAGAAUUAUAUACGUCCGGAGCCCCAGGACCACGUCACCAGCUCAUUCUUCCGCCGAAGCUCCAGCCACGCCCUCUGUUCCCCACCCGUGUGCUUGGAAGGAGGGGGGUCUGAUCCACCAGAUGAAACCUGGUGUCCUAAGAAGUGUGGGGCCCUGAACCUUACUUUAGCUUCUAUGUCAUGUCUGUCAAGAGGACACAUAGCCAUAAAGACUGUGCGGGUCCCUGAGGUGGGGGACCUGCGCACCCUGACUGAAGAUCCACGUCUGGACCUGAAGAUCAUCCAUCUGGUGAGGGACCCCAGAGCCAUCCUCGCCUCGCGCAUGAUGGCAUUUUCAGAUCAGUUCCGCGCUUGGAAAAUAUGGAACGCAACUGGGCGGCAGCCUCGAUACGUUGACCUGUCGCAGAUCACCAGUACCUGUAAGGACAUUGUGGCCUCUGCAGAAACAGGCCUGCAGAAACCAGCGUGGCUGCGGGGACGCUACUUACUGGUGCGGUAUGAGGACCUGGCGUUCAACCCGAAGGACAAGGCCACUGAUAUCUACAGGUUUGUGGGGCUUAAGAUGGAGGACAGCGUGCAGAUGUGGAUUGCAAAGAACACGAACAGUAACGUGUCAUCUCUGUCUGAUUGGAACUACAGAUACUCCACCACCCGAGAUUCCAGAGCGACAGCAGAGAGCUGGAGGCUUCGACUCAGCUUCGAAAUUGUGAGGACAGUGCAAAAUCUGUGUAAUGACACUCUGGCCCUGCUGGGAUACAAACAGGUUCACUCUGCAGCCGAGCUCAGAAACUUGUCCCAUAGUUUAGUGGAGCACAGGACCUUUUAACCAGUCACAUGGUAGAUUUGAUUAAAGGGGGAAAAAAAUCCUUAUUGUUAUUUAUUUUCUCUGUCAAGAUGCUGAUAAAAUGAAUGUAAUUUAUCUUAUUUUUGAAUAAUGCCAAAAGUAAUUUAAUAUCACUUGUAUUUUCACUUUUUAUGGUUUUGUUAAAGAUAUUAAAAAUGCCAUAUUUCAAGGGUGUAUGUCUUGAUUGAAACUCUGAAUCCUGAUGUGAUUAUGUUCUAUGCUGUUUUUUCAUGAUUCAAUUUUCUCAUAAUUUCAUUGUUUACAGAAUUUGAACAAGAAAAAAAAACACUUCAAAGAGCCCAGGUAGCAUUUCAGAGUAAUUCUGACCUUAAGUCAGACAAAAAGUGAUGUUCCUGAAGGUGAGACAUAAAAGAAGUGAAGGGGGUUUAUUUGUUAACAAAAGAAGAAGAAAUUAUAGGGCUUGCCUUCCAAGUGUCUCUAAUGCAUUUUGGAAAGGGAUUAAAAUGUCAAAUGUCGUAGGUAGAAUAUCUUUGCCGGUGCAAUCUUCUGUGCAGCAGCUGUUUUCUACGGUAGGAUGUUGAGAAUAUGAGUAUAAAAUUUUUUUCUCUUCACUGUAAAUACUUAAAUACUGUAAAUACUCAUUAACUGUUGGAUUGCAAGUGUGCCAAUUUAAUGUGCUGGAUGUGUUUGGGCAUUUUUG